AUGGAGGACGCGAAAUACACCGCGAUUCCGCUCUCGUGGCGCGAAAGUUCCGGAGAGCUUCGCGUGCACGAAUCCGCUGACGACAUCUCGCGAGGUCUGGCUGACGUCAUCGUGAGAGCUUCCGAGGCGGCCAUAGCCUCACAUGGCGCUUUCACCAUCGCCAUUUCAGGGGGAUCCGUCGUCAAAUGCCUGGGCCAGCUGGCGCAUCCAGAUGUCGCGGCGCGCUGUGAUUGGUCCAGGUGGCACGUGUUCUGGGUGGACGAGCGGGCCGUGCCUCUGACGCACCCUGACAGCAACUACCUGCUCGCGCACACGCACUGGCUCUCCAAGGUGCCCAUCCCACCCGCCCACAUACACACUCUAGACGACUCACUCCCAGUGGAAGCAGCAGCAGAGGCGUAUGAGCGCGAGAUGAAGGAGUGUGUGGAGGCUGGGGCUCUGCUGAUGCACCCAGAUACGGCCUUCCCCAGAUUCGACUUCAUCCUUCUGGGGGUCGGGCCAGACGGUCACGUUGCCUCCCUCUUCCCCUCCCACCCCCUCCUCUCCACCACCUCCCCCUCCUCCCCUUCCUCCACCUCCUCCCCUUCCUCCCCCUCCGCCCCUUCCCCCUACUGGUGCCGCCAUCUCUGUGACUCCCCCAAGCCCCCCCCUUGCCGAAUCACCCUGACUCUCCCCGUGCUGCUCUCUGCUGCUGUGGUGGCGGUGGUGGCGAUGGGGGAGGGGAAGAGGGAGCUGUUGGGGAGGCUGUUUGAAGCAGGGGGGGCGGGGUUUGCUGUGGGAACAGGGUUGCCUGCUAGUAUGGUUUUGCCACGAGAUGGGUGGUUGAUUUGGAUGGUUGACAAUGAGGCUGCUGCUGGGUUCUUACAAUCUUCUUGA